CAUGAGACUUAUUAAUCAUUACUUUCCUGUAAUUUCUGUAUAGUUAUGAUUUUACUAAAAACCUGCUGUUAGCUUUUUAUUAAUUUCUCAGUCUAUUUUCUUCGUUCAACGGUAACUGAGGCUUUUUUAAUAGGUUUCCUUUUUAAAGACCGUAGUAAUUUAGAAAUAGUAAUACUGUAGUAUAAACUUGACAUAUUAAAAUUUAUUUUUCGUUAAAUUUAUAAAAACUCGGAUAAAAAUGCAGUCCGCCCUCCUAUUCGAGACAACCUUUGGGACCUCGAUUGUUAUUUGGGUCUUUGGAAAGUUGUUUGGAAUUUGAGGGGUCUCGGAUGUAGAGGGAUCUCGAAUUGGAGUGUGCAUUGUAACUUAUAUUCUUGUAAAUAGUAUUAUAAGCAUGGGGAUUUCUUUUUAGACUACUAAAUGUUAUGCAAUGUAUCUUCCAAAUAAAUAUAUAUACAAUUAUCACGAACUGAAAAAGAGAAACCUUGAUUACACAACGGAGGUGACAGAGCAUUGUGAAGGAGUAUUGACCAGAUCGUCCAAACAAACCACAUGACCACACAUAAACAUGUACUGAACUGGAAAAUCAUUCUAUCUAAAGAAUCAGAAUCCAACAUCAGGACAAUCAAGGAAGCAAUAAACAUCAUAUUGCAUCCAAACAACAGUAAUAGAAAAUACGGCGCAUAAUACCCUACCAAAUGAUUGUGAUAUGACAAUAUCCUAAAACAAACCGGCCCCCGCACAUUUCACUUUGGAUUAUUUAAACCACGCUGUCAUCAAACAACAAUGCCACAUCAUUUUACCGUCCCAGAGGCGAUUUCUAUAGGCCACAGCAGCAAUAUCAUAACUUACGAUUAUGCCUCCUUGGAAGCUGGCAAAACGUCAAGUCAAAACAUGUCGAACUGGUUUGAAUUUUGCUAUUGAUAUUAAAGCUGAAAAAUUUAGUGAUGUAAUUAUUGAACAGAUAAGAGAGGUUCAUUACUCACCUAACCAGAUAAGCAAUAAAAUUCAAGAUAAAAUGAAAGACAAGACAAAAAAGGGCAAGAAGGGAAAGAUAACCAAAGCUGAUAUUGGUCUUCAAUCAAAAUAUCAGCGUGUCAGUCAUAUUGGAUGGAAUCCGAACAAAGGCUUUGUUACCAAUAGCAUGGAUCCUACAGUGAAAAAAUGGUUUAAAUCCAUAGGUUUAACAGAAGCAAAUAACCACAAGACUAAUUAUAAUAAUGACUUCAUAGAGCAACAUGGUAACAUCAAAUCCGUCAAGAAGGAAGCCGGUUUUGAUCCUGUACAAGUGCAGGAGAAAAUGAACUUUUUCAUGAUGCAGUCACUCGUAAUUGAAGUUGGAACUGAGCAGAUGAGGAAGUAUUUUCUUAAGCAAACAGGAAUUGACAGUUGUUCACAAUCCUGGACUGAUUAUUUAAACAUUAUGAUACCCAUAGACUGGCCUCCGAGUGCAGCCUUUUUGUGA